AUGCGUGGGUCACGGUGCUGGGCGGUUGCGUAUCUUCACUUUCUUCUUGUUUCUAUCCAACUUCCUACAAUAUGUUUGGCACACGACAGUGUUCAGCUCGACGUUCAAGUCGUAACAGCAUCAGCGACAACACCAGACCAACCGAGCUCGACGAUCACAGCAACAACACAGACGCAUACGAUUCAAGUUGGUUUAGCAGAUCACAAGUUCAGACCUGAGGCAACAGUGGCCAACGUCGGUGAUACUGUGGAAUUUGCCUUUUACCCGCUCAACCACAGCGUUGUUCGCGCCGAAUACGGUUUCCCAUGCAUACCAUAUGAGAUGACAGGAGCGUCCAAAACAGGGUUCUUUUCUAACUUCCAUCCUGUCGACACGGUCUUGUCCUCACCACCCAUAUACCGUAUUGUUAUUAAUGAUACCGAUCCCAUCUUCUUCUACUGCUCUGCCCCUGGUAGUUGUAUAAACUAUGGCAUGGUGGGCGCUAUUAAUCCCAACGCCACGGCUAGUGUGCAGGAGCAGCAUCAGCUGGCACUGGGCAGCAAAUACAUGCUCAACCCAGGCGAUCCCUUUCCAGCCGAAGAAACACCCUUAUCAAGAAAUUCACCGAGCAAGCAACCGAGUGGCACUCCGGCAUCCAGUCCUAUCACAGAGAACACAACCAACACUAAAAGCCGUCUCUCCACCCGCGCCAUAAUCGCCAUGUCCGUCACCAGCGCCAGCAUCACCAUCCUCGCCGCCCUCCUCUUCUUCUUCUGGGGCCGCACCAAAUCCCUAAAAGAAGAA